UCAACGAUUAUUGUUAACCUUCAAUUUAAUUAUUCCAAAAAUUCGUCUGACGAAAAGGGGAAAACACAAUAGAAUCUCGCAUUCAGUUAGACAAUUAUGUCGUGCAAACAACGAAUAUUCGUUCUGUUCCUCUUGAAUUUGUUCAUUGCGAAAAUCGCGACUGAAUCGACCCCCAUCGAUUUCUCCCAAGAGUUUCAUCCGGACCCUAUCGAAUACACCAGGUGCUCGCCCUAUUACUGUUCGAAUAAACGUUUCAUGUGCGAACCGGUGAAAUGUUCGAAAGAUCAGAAAGAAGCGACUGCGCCCGAAUUGUGCAUUUGCUGUCCCAAAUGCUUUAAUAAAAUAGAAAAAGGUGGAGCAUGUGGGGACGAUCAGGAUACUAUAUGCAAUGACGGCUUGAAAUGUGUUGAUAAGAAAUGUGUGGAAUAAAAC